CGUUUAACGAACACGAAAUAAUUGAAUGAGCUAGACAGUUAUUAAACCAAGGAAGCAUGUUUCAAUAUAUAGCAUUGGUAUUGGUGAUUCUAGUGGUUGUGUCCAAGAGUCUUUCGGGAGUGUUACCCCGGUUUUUUUUGGUUCCACCGUAUGACUGGAAAGAAAAGAUCACCAAGGUGAUCAAUUAUCCAAAACCAAUUUAUCUUUCAGUUGGUCAUAAAAAAUCCAGUUAUCGUCGUAGACUUAUAUUAAGUAGCUUACAGCCUUCGUUUUAUACUAACUAUGUGAAUAAUAAGAUCAAGAUUAAUCAAUUGGAUGCAAAGAAUGAGAGUUUUGUACCAAGUAUGAAUAAUCGAGGAAUCGAUGAUCCAAACCGUAAGAAGAUCUUUGGGUUUUUCCAUCCUUAUGCUAAUAACGGUGGUGGUGGUGAAAGGGUUUUAUGGCAAGCGGUUAAAUCUACUUUAUUGCAAAGUUCAAAUAACAUAGUGGUGAUUUAUACUACCAAUCAAGUUGAACCAUUAUCUAUUUUGAAGAAAGUGGAAGAUAAAUUCGAAAUUAAGAAUCUUGAUUCAUCCAAAAUUGUUUUCAUUUACUUAACCCGUUUUUCAAAUUUAAUUGAUGGUAACUACUGGAAACAUUUCACUUUAAUCGGUCAACUUUUAGGUUCGGCCUUAUUGGCUUUGGAAGCUUUAUAUCAUUUGAGUCCCGAUGUUUGGAUAGAUACAAUUGGCUUACCAGGUAGUUACUUACCAGUGAACUACAUUUUGAAAUGCCCAAUCCUUGCUUAUGUUCACUAUCCAAUUAUUCAACCAGAUAUGUUUAAUAAAUUAAAAUUUAAAUCUUUCCAAAAUUUAAUAACUGGGUUCAAAUUUAAUUCUUCAAACUUCAAGCAUGGUUUCAAGUUCAUCUACUGGUCUCUCAUUUAUUACCUCUAUAUCUACCUUGGGUCUUUGGUUGAUAUCACUUUAGCUAAUGGUUCUUGGACCCAUGCUCAUUUACAGAAUAUCUGGUGUCUCAAUCCACAUGAGUCCAUUCAAAUAUUGUAUCCUCCUUGUGGUACUGAAUCAUUAACAAGUACUUCAGAAGUUGCAAGGCAAAAUAAAUUCAUUUAUAUUGCUCAGUUCAGACCUGAAAAACGUCAUGAUUUGAUCCUAGCUGAAUUUAAAAAAUUCCUUCAAGCUUCCACCAAAUCUAACAUUCCAAUCAAUAAAACUCCCUCUCUCAUCUUCCUUGGCUCUUGCCGUACUGAAGACGAUACCUCCACCCUUGAGAGUUUGAAAAAAGAAGUGGCCGAGUUAAACUUAUCCGAUUACGUGGAGUUUGUCGUGGAUUGCUCGUACGAUACCAUUUUGGAAUUGUUAUCGUCAGUUAAGUUUGGCUUAAACGCAAUGUGGAAUGAACAUUUUGGUAUAGGUGUUGUCGAGUACCUUAGUCGUGGGGUCAUACCCGUAGUACACGCAUCGGCAGGCCCUCUCUUGGACAUUGUUCUCAACGACCAAGUAUCCUCCUCCUGGUACAAUGACUUGGGUUUUUUCUUUAAGAGUGCUUCUGACCCCGACUUUGAUCCUUCCUUGAAUUCAGAUGAUCCCAACUCCUUAAAGUUCAAAUUCAACGAUAAGAUCAUUGAAUAUCCUUCGUUAUCCCAACUACUCUCCACCUUCUACAUCGAAAACCCAGACCUCAUACUGGAAUCCAACUUACAGCUCAUGAGAUCCAAAGGCUCCAAAUUGAUGGUAGAAAGAUUUUCAAAUAAAGUAUUUUCAUCAAACUGGAUGGAGUACAUGGACAAUCUAGCUGUUUUGGAAAAACAGCACAGAGAACUCAGAGGCGAUGUCGAGAAAGUCCACUAACCAAUGUCUUAUAUAUGUAGUAUUUAGUCC